AUGCAAGACAUUGGUAUGGUAACCUGUUCAUACUUUCAACUUAUUUCAAACAAGUGUUACGAACUAUGUAAAUACCUUUAUGAGUGUUAUAAAAGAGACUUCAGACAACCAGAAAUGAUACUAUUAAUCUCAUAACCAUUCAGAGUAGUUCCUUAUGUCAUACCAACAUACCAGAAGAGCUGAUCAAACUUACAAAUACAUUCCACCCGUGAGACACAAAAGUUACCUGUUCUAUUUUAAUCAUUACAAAAGUUAUCCAAAUUCCAUUUCAUUUACAAUUACCUAAGUUAUUAAUCAUCUUUCCAAAUUUUAAGGACACUAUUUGCUAUGAUGAUACAUGCCACUUCAAGAAAUUCACGCAAAACCUAACAAGAAACCAGCUUACUAUCACAGCCAAGAAAAUGUCACAAAUGGUAAUGGUGUGCGACAAAUUUCACUUCAAGAACCACAAGGACAUGUGGUGCGAAAGAAACUACAGUCCUUACACUUACGCUAACCUCCAG